AAUAAGACGAAGAAACUACGCGUGAGGGAACGUGACAAACGGUGAGCACUGGUACUUGCACUUUAUGCACAAGCACAACCACCAUCACCUCCUUCGUCGUCGUCGCCGCCGCUGGUUCUCUUUGACAACAUAUUUUGUGUUCGCAUUAUUGUCGCGCCGGCGGAUUUGGAAAUCUACUUGCAAAUCGAUCAGAUCAUAGUCAAAAUGAUACGUUCAUUUGAUUUGAAUUGGCGAAGUAAUUGAAGGAGUUUGUUGAGGAGCGUGAUUUUCGGUGACUCUGAUUGAGUGUUGCAAGUUGUUGAGGAAAUCUAGAGUUUCCUGUUUGCGUUCAGGUUAUUGUUUUGGCAUGCAUUGGCGAAAUUGAAUUGUGGUGUUUGUUUCUGUGGUCGGUGUGAUGAGGAGAGAUGUGCAGGGUAGAGAGGGGUGGUGAAAGGAAGUGUGAGGUUGUUCUCCAAAAAGUGAUGAAGGGAGAACGAAGAGGAGUGGUGGUGGAGAAGGUGAAGAGCAGUUCAAGGUCCAAAAUGAAGCUGUGGAUGAUACGUGCCACCACGUCGGUGCUGCUGUGGACUUGCGUGGUACAGUUAACGACGUUGGGGGAGAUGUGGGGGCCUAGGGGUUUGAAGGGAUGGCCAUCUUGCUUCUCCCAGGAUUCUGCCGCCGUUUUGCAAGAUAAGGUCCAUGUCUUGGCCGGCCCAGCUCUGCCACCGAAGAGGGUUUAUAAGAACAAUGGAUAUCUUAUGGUUUCGUGCAAUGGAGGUCUCAAUCAAAUGAGAGCAGCGAUAUGCGACAUGGUUUCAAUUGCAAGGUAUUUAAAUGUCACACUUAUUGUUCCUGAGCUGGAUAAGACAUCCUUUUGGGCUGAUCCCAGUGAGUUCCAAGACAUAUUUGACGUGGAUCAUUUCAUUAUAUCAUUGAGAGAUGAGGUUCGAAUAUUGAAAGAAUUGCCACCCAGGCUUAAGAGGAGAAUGGAACUAGGAAUGAUUCGUACUAUGCCACCAGUUAGUUGGUCUGAUAUAUCUUACUACCGUAACCAGAUUCUUCCUCUUAUACAAAAGUACAAAGUUGUGCAUCUUAAUAGAACUGAUUCUCGACUUGCCAAUAAUGGUCAACCUUUGGAGCUUCAGAAGUUGCGCUGCCAUGUAAAUUUUAGUGCUCUGAGAUUCACUUUGCAGAUAGAGGAGUUGGGCAAAAGGGUUGUCAAGCUUUUGAGGCAGAAAGGCCCUUUCCUAGUACUCCAUCUUAGAUAUGAGAUGGAUAUGUUGGCAUUUUCUGGCUGUACACAAGGUUGCAACCGUGAGGAGGUCGAUGAGUUGACAAGAAUGAGAUAUGCUUAUCCAUGGUGGAAAGAGAAAAUUAUAAAUUCUGACUUGAAAAGGAAAGAUGGUUUGUGCCCCUUAACACCUGAGGAAACUGCUCUUACAUUGAGGGCUUUGGGCAUCGAUCCCAAUAUCCAGAUCUAUAUUGCAGCUGGUGAAAUUUAUGGUGGAGAAAGGAGAAUGGCUACUCUUGGCACAGCAUAUCCUAAAUUGGUCAGAAAGGAAAUACUGUUGGAACCAUCAGAUCUUAGGUUUUUCGAGAAUCACUCAUCUCAGAUGGCUGCUCUUGAUUAUCUUGUGUCUUUAGAAAGUGACAUUUUUGUUCCUACAUAUGAUGGAAACAUGGCUAAAGUUGUCGAAGGACAUCGAAGGUUCCUGGGUUUCAAAAAGACGAUUGUGUUAGACAGACGGUUUUUGGUUGAUCUGAUAGAUCGUUACACUAUUGGAUCACUGAGUUGGGUUGCGUUCUCAUCAGCUGUAAAGGAAGCUCAUGCAGAUCGCAUGGGGAGUCCAAGGAAAAGGCUUGUUAUUCCUGACCGACCUAAAGAAGAGGACUACUUCUAUUCCAAUCCAGAAGAGUGCUUAGAACCAUCAUAUGAUCCGUUAAGUGGUACGUGAAUUUUACAUGAGAAGAUAAUGAUAUUUAUCAUUGUUAUUUGAACGGGACUACCUAGUUCAAAACAAAUCAGAAGAAAGACAGUUCUUUACAUGAGGUAUAGUAAUUCUGAAGGUUUUGUCCUUAAAAGGUGAUCAAUAGGAAAAAUAGGGAUUGAUCCUGAUGAGGCACACAAGGAACCAACUGGAAAGGUAUUGUCAACUUUGAUACAAGACAAUUGUGCUAUGCAUGUAUCAAGGUGCCCUGCAAUUAUUAGGGUUUUAAAGAUCAGAGCCUUGAACAGGGAUGCAGGUACAGGCUUGGUUUAGUGGACUGGAAUCAAAGAAGGUUAAUCCCUGGACCUUUUUUGUAUUUUGUUUUGCUUGGAUUUACGCCAGCUUGUGAUUCUUUGCCAUAUUACAUUCUUAAAUAUUUAGGCAUUCAGAAAAUGCAGAUCAUUUGUCCCUCCUUUUUGCUCUUAUUUUCUUUUCUUUUCUUUGCUCCCCCUCUUCCCAGUUUAUAUGCUACUAUUGCUGGAAAUAAUACCAAGCCUAUAACGCAUACUUUCUAGUUUAUGCAGGAUUCCUGUUUGUAUGGUUAGAUUUGCUUUAGGACCACGUGUAGGAGAAAUGUUUUUGUUUUUGUUUUUAUCGAAAUUUCUUGAGUUGUCGGUCCUUGAAAUGAUUGUCCUCCUUGGGUGAUUUUCUGUAUUUUCACACGAUACCCCUAAUUGAAUCCGUCUUGUCAUAAAACGUACAGUUUAGGGAUCUAA